AUGAAUAUCCAUGAAUAUGCAUGUAUGAAUAUGCCUGAACAGGCAUCCGAAGUCAAUGUGCUUGAUUGUAUGAACAACGAAAAAUUAAUUGAACUCGUAAGAACGCAUACCGAACUAUAUGACUUGAGUCAUUCAAAAUAUAGUGACAGUACAUGUAAGGAUAAAGUUUGGAAAAGUAUUGCUGAUGAACUAAAUCAAACCACCCUACAUGCACCACCCGAACCAUUAUCAACGUUGGUGGCAGGCGAUACGAGCAUAUCGAAACAUUUUUUAACAAAUAUCCGUCGAUACAAUUCGUGUUUCCAAAUGACUUCAUUUGGGGCAACGAACGUAGUGAGGGAUAAUUACAUGCCAACAUUCAAGGUGCAAGGUCAAAUUUAUCAUCGAGCUGGAUCAUUAUUACCCCUGCCAGAUAUGGAACCUAAAUAUCUCCAAAUAUAUUUCAUGGGGAAUAGCGAUGACCAAAUCGAUCAACGUUGUACCCACAAUGCGGGCACGAGACGAGAAAUUGUCGCUGCAUUACAAUCUCUAUACGAUCAACACAACGAAUUCAUCCGUUUGUUUAGAAUUGCCCUUCACCGAAUGCCAGCCGAUGAUUACAGGGUUGUAAUACGAGCAGACAAAACACCCCUCGGUCAACACGAGCGCCAAUACAAUGCACCUACAAUUGAUGAGGUGGCGAUCAUUAUGGUUGGAGAUGAAUUCAAUUCCCGUGACAUAAUUCUACAUCGCAGGGAUGGAAACUUGCAAAGGGUCGCGGAAACUCAUCGCUCAUAUGACGGAUUGCAAUAUCCGAUCUUAUUUUGGCAAGGCGAAGACGGGUAUCAUUUCAACAUUAAAUUGAGAAAUCCGCAAACAGGUGAGGAAACGAAUAAGAAGGUCAGUGCCAUGAAGUACUAUUCGUAUCGCUUGAUGAUUCGGGAAGGCGCCGAAAAUCAUAUCUUGAAAUGUAGACAAUUGUUUCAUCAAUAUAUUGUCGAUAUGUAUGCCAAAAUCGAAACCGAGCGUUUACUCUACAUUCGGUUGAAUCAAACCACGCUGCGUUCGGAAGAAUACAUUCAUUUACGUGAUGCCAUUGCUAUUGAUGGCAAUGUGAAUCCUAAUGAUUUGGGAAAAAUGGUCAUUCUCCCGGCUACAUUCACGGGGAGCCCAAGGCACAUGCAUGAAUACGCGCAAGACGCAAUGACAUAUGUUCGCGCUUAUGGCCGUCCAGAUCUGUUCAUUACAUUCACAUGUAAUCCUACAUGGGACGAAAUAAAAGUACUAUUGUUGCCUGGCCAAUCUUCUUCGGAUCGCCAUGAUAUUACCGCACGAGUGUUCAAACAGAAGUUGAGAUCCUUUAUGGAUUUCAUUGUUAAGCAUCAGGUUUUUGGAGAGACACGCUGUUGGAUGUAUUCCAUCGAAUGGCAAAAACGGGGAUUGCCCCAUGCACACAUUUUAAUCUGGAUGAUCACAAAACUAGCACCAGAUAUAAUUGAUCAGCUUAUUUCUGCAGAAUUACCCGAUGGCGACGGAGACCCAGUUUUAUUAGAGGUCGUCACAAAAAACAUGAUUCAUGGUCCAUGUAGGGCACUCAACCCUACCUCACCAUGCAUGUCUGAUGGGAAAUGCACCAGGCGAUACCCGAGAGCUUUGGUUAGGGAGACCAUCACCGGGAAUGACGGGUAUCCACUCUAUCGUCGACGAUCAACCACGGAUGGCGGCAAAUCUAUCACUCUAAAAGUACGUAAUAUUGACGUCGAAGUUGAUAAUCGUUGGGUUGUACCGUAUUCACCAUUACUCUCAAAGACGUUCAAGGCACACAUCAAUGUUGAGUAUUGCAAUUCUGUGAAAUCCAUCAAAUACAUUUGCAAAUAUGUCAACAAAGGGGGCGAUAUGGCAGUGUUUGGUGUGGAAAAUAGAACUACAACUAUCGAUGAAAUAAAUCAAUAUCAACUCGGCCGCUACAUCAGUAGUAAUGAGGCAAUUUGGCGCAUAUUAUCAUUUCAAAUCCAUGAUCGACAUCCAACAGUGGUUCAUUUGGCAGUGCAUCUUGAAAAUGGCCAGCGUGUGUACUUCACGGCCGGCAAUAUACGUGCAAGAGCAAUGUCUCCACCUCCGACCACGUUAACUGCAUUUUUUUCAUUGUGCAACCAAGAUACGUUUGCAAAGACGCUCCUUUAUUCUGAGGUGCCGACUUAUUACAGAUGGAAUUCUUCUGUGAAAAAGUUUCAACGUCGCAUACAGGGCAAGGCAGUGGAGGGACACUCAGGUUUAUAUAUGACCGAUGCGUUAGGCCGUUUAUACACAGUUCAUCCAAACAAUUUGGAAUGCUUUUACUUGCGAUUACUGUUAAUCAAUGUACGUGGGCCGACAUCCUUCGAAGAAUUGAGAACGGUGGACGGGCGGGUUUGUGUCACGUAUCAUGCAGCUUGCCAAGAGUUACAUCUUCUUGAUAACGAUGCCCAUUGGGAUAUUUCACUCGCUGAUGCAUCGAAUAUUGCUCGACCACGGCAAAUACGCUCUCUAUUUGCGAUAAUCUUAACAACGUGCUUCCCAUCAAAUCCAAAAGACCUUUGGGAAAAAUACAGAGACUACAUGAGCGAAGACAUUUUACAUCGAUUGCGUACUACGAAUCAAGUUCCGGACAUUCGAUUUUCCGCCAUUGUGUAUAAUGAGGCAUUAAUUGAGAUUGAGGACAUGUGUUUGGAAAUCGUUAACAAAGCUCUGGUUCAACUUGGACUGCCUUCGCCGAAUCGAUCCAUCAACGGCCGUUUUAAUCGAGAUUUGCAACGUGAGCCACAGUUUGACGACGCCGAAAUGGGUAGAUUUGUUCAAAAGAAUCUCCCAAAGUUGGUUACUGAACAACGUAUUGCGUACGACAGAAUUAUGCAGGCAAUCACAAGUAAAAGCGGAGGAUUGUAUUUCCUGGAUGCGCCCGGGGGCACGGGCAAGACUUUCCUAAUCUCAAUAAUUUUGGCAGCGAUUCGCUCCCAAAACGAUACUGCACUGGCUAUGGCAUCUUCAGGAAUUGCAGCAACUCUUCUGGAGGGUGGGCGAACCGCGCAUUCAACACUGAAAUUACCGUUGAACGUACAAUUCACGGAGAGACCAACGUGCAAUAUCACUAAAAAUUCAGGAAUCGGGAAAAUCCUCCGAUCAUGUACGAUCAUUGUGUGGGACGAAUGUACAAUGGCGCACAAAAAAUCAUUAGAAGCCCUUGAUCGCACCCUAAGAGAUUUAAGAGGAAAUCCUGGCCUAUUAUUCGGUGGUGCACUCAUUUUGCUGUCCGGUGAUUUUCGGCAAACUCUACCGGUAAUACCACGUUCAACCCCAGCAGAUGAACUCAAUGCAUGUCUCAAAUCUUCAGGUUUGUGGCAGCACGUGCAUAAAUUGAGCUUGAAGACUAAUAUGCGGGUACAACUACGGAAUGAGGCAUCGGCAGAUUUGUUCGCAAAACAAUUGUUGGAUAUGGGUAAUGGCUUAAUGACCGUCGAUCAAUCAACACAAUGCAUCACAUUGCCGGCCGAUUUCUGUAAGAUCACGGCUACCGCAGAUGAGUUAAUUGCAAAGGUCUUCCCGAAUCUGCCCCAAAAUUACAAAAAUCUUCAGUGGCUCGGUGCCCGGGCCAUAUUGGCAGCCAAAAACAUCGAUGUGAAUGCUAUCAAUUUCAGAAUUCAAAACAAGGUACCAGGCGAAUUGAAAACUUACAAGUCCAUAGACAAUGUAACGAAUCAAGACGAGGAAGUCAAUUAUCCACCUGAAUUCUUAAAUUCGCUUGAUUUGCCAGGCAUGCCACCGCACGUUCUAUCGUUGAAAAUUGGCGUUCCCGUCAUUCUUCUACGAAACAUCAAUCCUCCACGACUCUGUAAUGGUACCAGGCUUUCGGUAACGAAAUUGAUGAACAACAUUAUCGAGGCUACAAUUUUAAACGGAAAGUUUAUGGGCGAAUAUGUAAUGUUGCCCCGAAUCCCAAUGAUUCCUACGGAUUUGCCCUUCACGUUCAAACGUUUGCAGUUUCCGGUGCGAAUCGCUUUUGCCAUGACCAUCAACAAGGCACAGGGCCAAUCACUACAGGUGUGUGGCCUAAAUUUGGAAAAUCCAUGCUUCUCCCAUGGACAGCUGUAUGUUGCCUGCUCCCGCGUCGGGAGACCGGAUGAUUUGUAUGUGUACGCCCCAGAUGGUAAAACGAAAAAUAUUGUGAAUAUGUUGGCUUUAAUGGGUGGAUCUGACUACAAAGAACUGACCAGGAGGAUUCUUAGGAAAAUUAUUUCUGAUCAAAUGGCAACUACAUACAGUUUUACUGGACAUAAGGGCAAAGGAUUAAAACGUGUAGCUGUUUCAUCCCUGUCAGGCAACGCGCGCAGAGAAUCGCCAAUGAGGAAAUUUCCGGGUGUUAAAACAGACAUGUCGGAAGGGUCGGUGGAAAGAGGUGUUAAAGGACGGGAAUUUAAUAUCGCCUCAGUUUGUACCAAAACCGUAUUUAAUUCUUCAAAAAAAGAUGUAUGCAAUUUAUUUGGUUUGACAAGUCCAAAAGUGGGUAUUAAUAGUUUUGGUAAAAUUGGGAAAAUGGUUUUGCGUAUGGCACUAAAAAGUGAUGACCCGGAAACAAUGGUUACAAUAAAUGAACCAGCGGCCGAAAUUGAGGAUAUUGCUUACUCAUUAAAAUAUGACACGAUUCAUGGAACUUUUGGCGGAACAUUAGCGUAA